AUGUCCAGGGAGUCAUCGUAUUGGUGUUACAGAUGCACACAAAUCGUCGGAGUAGUUGUUGUGGUUAAAGACAUCGUUGUGUGUCCUUACUGCGAGGGAGAAUCUAAUGAAGUGGUGGAUUUUCACACGCCUUCACCGCCGGAAUCUCGAUGGCGUUUACAACCUUUGCCGCCGACGAUGUCAGAGUUUCCGAUGAGGUCAGGGUUUGAUCGGUUGCUCGAUCAGUUAUCGCAGAUUGAGAUAAACGGAUUAGGUAGGGCAAUACAUCCACCGGUAUUGAAAGCGAUUGUUGAAUCGAUGCCGACGAUCGAGAUCUCAGAUUCACAAGUUACCAGCGAAUUGCAUUGUGUUGUCUGCAAAUAA